AACUGUGUAAAUCCGGCACUGCUUGGGUAACUUCGACUUCAGAUAGAGACGCAAUGGCGGCUACAUCGACAAUGAUGCCCGAAAUUGUGCAGCGAAUUUCCUCUAAAAAUGACAUGGUACCUGAAUGGACAAGCCAGGAAGUCAGCACUGGGACCACCAUCAUGGCGGUGGAGUAUGAUGGAGGCGUUGUAAUCGGCGCAGACUCUCGCACAACCACAGGGGCCUACAUUGCCAACAGAGUCACAGACAAACUGACUAAGAUCCACGACCGAAUCUACUGCUGCAGGUCUGGAUCAGCUGCUGACACUCAGGCCAUUGCAGAAGUGGUCAACUACCAGCUGGGCUUCCACAGCAUCGAACUUGAUGAGCCCCCCCUGGUGGAGACAGCAGCCAAUCUCUUCAGAGCAAGCUGCUACCGCUACAGAGAAGAAUUGAGUGCAGGGAUACUGGUGGCAGGAUGGGACAGGAGGAAGGGGGGGCAGGUGUACUGCGUCCCCAUUGGUGGCAUGUUGGUGAGACAGCCUGUCUCAAUAGGUGGUAGCGGCAGCACUUACAUCUACGGCUUUAUGGACUCAAACUACAAACCCGGAAUGACCAAAGACCAGUGUCUGGAGCUCACUGCCACAGCGCUGUCUCUGGCCAUGGAGCGAGAUGGCUCCAGUGGGGGUGUGAUCAGACUGGCCUCCAUCUCUGAGGAGGGAGUGGAGAGAAAAGUCAUUCUGGGAAACCAGCUGCCUCGCUUCUCCACACACUGAAUAUACACACAUACACAGAGUGAAGAUGCUCUCAUGAUGUUGUUAAUAAAGUUUGUUUGAUUUUGU